CUAGCGACUGGGAAAUGUAGUUCUGAAUGCCCACCGGCUUUUUUGUAGUAUUAUACGUACUACGUAGGUAUAGGGGGAUCUUUAAAUGUGCUGACCAACCAAAUCGUCUUUCAUUAAAGGUCAUAGUCCUUUUUGAGCAAUGUAAACGUAAACAAAGCAUGACAUUCAGACUUGCGGUUAUUUCGGGAAAUUGAACAUACGCUGUUGUAUUACAGCUUGCUUCUAUAACAAUUUCCAAUAGUUUUAUAUCGAUCUUUGUGAAACAGAAGAGACCUACAAUGGCUUCCAUUCAAGAAAACACGCAGUGGCCCCGAGUAUCAAAGUUCAUUCUCUCUGCAUGUGCUGCAACUGUAGCAGAAUUAGUCACAUAUCCCCUUGACCUUACCAAAACCAGGCUUCAGGUACAAGGUGAAGGUGGUACCCAUCAGAAUGGUUGUGGUGUACGUACUCGAUCCCAACACAGGGGCAUGCUAAGCACAGCUGUGGGUAUUGUGCGCGAAGAGGGGCCCUUCAAAUUAUGGCAAGGGGUCACACCAGCUAUCUAUAGGCAUAUAGUUUAUUCUGGAGGCAGGAUGUUGGCCUAUGAACAGCUCAGGGAGGGAGUUUUGGGAAGGUCUGAAGAUGGAAGCUUUCCAUUUUGGAAAGCAGUGAUCGGCAGUAUGGUAUCAGGUGCUUUGGGCCAGUUCAUUGCUAGUCCAACAGAUCUAGUAAAGGUUCAAAUGCAGAUGGAGGGAAGGCGUCGACUAGAAGGGAAACCUCCAAGAGUAAACGGGGUCUACCAUGCUUUUAUGAAAAUCAUUACAGAGGGAGGAAUAAGGGGCCUUUGGGCUGGAUGGGUGCCCAAUGUCCAGAGAGCUGCACUGGUUAAUUUAGGAGACUUGAUGACCUAUGAUACAGUAAAGCAUUUUCUACUAAGAAACACAUCCAUACAGGACAACAGCUUUUGUCAUGGACUGUCAAGCAUAUGCUCUGGAUUGGUUGCUGCAAUUAUGGGAACGCCAGCUGAUGUGGUAAAAACUAGAGUUAUGAACCAGCCACGGGAUUCAAAUGGGAGGGGCCUUAUAUACAAGUCUUCUAUAGACUGUCUGGUUAAAUCAGUGAGGGGAGAAGGGUUUUUAUCCCUCUAUAAAGGAUUUCUUCCAACCUGGUUUAGAAUGGCUCCUUGGUCUCUAACCUUUUGGCUAACAUUUGAGCAAAUGAGACGAGUAAUGGGCUUGGACUCAUUUUAAUGAUUUUACUAGAAGAGUAAGCAAUGACUAGACUCUGUAUUUCCUUUUUACUUUGUUCUUUCUAGUCUCAAAAACUUGAUUUUCCUGCACACAUAUGUAUAUGUAUGUAAAAGACAAAAUAAAACAGUGUUGGGAAUCACUGAAGCA